CUAUAGUAUAGAAUUUCCAAAACCCUAGCUAGAGUCUCUCUUCUCUCUUUAUUGCUUCUCCAUGGGCGAGUCUAUGAUUAACUCGCUCUUCUCUUUUUUCUCCUCCAUGUGCGAUCUUCCUGCCAAGAAAACUGUCUCUGAGUCUGAGCAGAAGGCUCGUCGUGAGUGGGUUGAAAUACGACUUGCUGCGGCUCAUAUUAUAGAGAAGAAAGUUCGUGCCGAGAAGACUCUUGCUAAGGAGGAUGACUUAUCUGACAAGUCUUCUUCAGAUGAUUCUGUAAAGGCCAAGGCAAAGAGUAGUUCGAAGGAACCUGAUAUAUCAUCAGAAGAUGAUUCUGAGGAUGAGGAGAGUGAAGAAGAUGAAAAACAUACUAAAACAGAUACUAAAAAGGAGAGCACUAGUAGUGAUGAAUGGAUUAUGAUGGAUUCUGAUAAUGUUGUAUAGGUCGCUAGGUUGACUAAAUCUAUUAGUCUAAUCAGUUUGGGAUUUAAGUUGCAUGUUAGGCUGUAUUUUUAUGAUAUAACGAAUAAUUAAUGACCUUUUUA